AUGUGGGGCAACAAGCACAAGCUCGACUACAGUGAUGAACAAAUCAAGGAAAAGAUUCGAAACCUGAAGAGAAAGUUUAGUGAAUGUAAGCGCGGUGUUGAACCUGGUGAGAGCUGGGAAUAUUUUUCUGCAAUGUCAUUUAUCAAUGACAGUCCUCUGCCACCUGAAGGUUUUGAUGAAUCGCCGUGUGAAGUGGAAAAUGCUAGAGAAGCAGCAUUCGAGUUUUUGGAAACCUUAUGGUUGUUUCUGAAACGAGGCCGCCAAGAAGACUCUCAUGAAUUUAUGCGCCAAUUAUUGACAAAACUAGAAGAAGAGUUUUGCGAGAGAUUUAAGAGUUCCAUGUAUGUAUCAUUGACAUGUCUCAAAUGCAAGGGCAAAUCAACUCAGUCACAAUAUUUCUCAGACCUUGUGGUAGAUUUGGAGACUAGUGUCAAGGAGUCAGUUUGGAGCUACUUCAAACCAAUAACUGUUGCAGGGUAUGCUUGUAGUCGAUGCAAAACACAUCAAGAGGCCACAAAAAGAAUGCUGCUACUGAAACCACCCAAUGUGCUGUGCAUUCAGUUGAAGAGUUGCAAAGUUUCAACAAUCAUGAGUAUGGGUAGAGAUUUUAACUACAAGUUCCUAGCUUUGGUGGAGCAUCAUGGACCUCGACCUAACUGUGGCCAUUACAGCACAACUGCUGCUAAGCUAAUGGCUCAGUGUUCCGCUUUGAUGGUCUCAGCAGUGAUAGAAAGUUUGCUUCAAGAAGCUCGACCUUAUUAUUUAUUGCUGAGCUUAACUUGA